UGCUUCACGAUACAAACAGUUGUGAAUAACAAAAUGGUCUGCGAGAAAUGCCAGAAGAAGCUGGGGAAGGUGAUAACUCCUGAUCCCUGGAAGAGUGGAGCGCGGAACACGACUGAAGGCGGGGGUCGCAAAGUAGGGGAGAACAAAGCUUUGACAGCAAAGAAAAACAGGUUCAACCCCUAUUCUACAGGAUUUGACAAGUGCCGCAUCUGUAAAUCCUUCGUCCACCAGCCUGGCUCUCACUACUGUCAAGGCUGUGCCUAUAAGAAGGGAAUCUGCGCCAUGUGUGGCAAGAAGAUCAUAGACACAUCCAACUACCGACAGACUUCAGUUUGAGGAAGACUAUGGCGUCAGGACAACAAAUUUUGUUUGGGAAGACAUUUGAAAA